AUGACUUGCUACCGAGGCUUCCUGCUGGGCAGCUGUCGGCGUGUGGCAGGCGGCCGGGCGGCGGUGCUGAGGGGGCCGGGCGCUGGAGGCCCCGCCGCGCGGCCGCGGCUCUGCGGUGACGGCGGCGGCCGGCGACACCUGGGGCAGGGGCAGCUGCGCGAGCUGGCGGGCUGUGGCAGCCGCCCCGAAGGCGGCUUCCGCCCCUCGCGGGUGGUGGUGGUGGCCAAAACCACCCGGUAUGAGUUCGAGCAGCAGCGGUACCGUUACUCGGAGCUUUCGGAGGAGGAUCUGAAGCAGCUGCUUGCAUUGAAAGGCUCUAGCUACAGUGGACUGCUUGAACGGCAUCAUAUUCACACCAAAAAUGUAGAGCAUAUUCUAGAUAGUUUACGGAAUGAGGGAAUUGAGGUUCGCCUAGUAAAGAGGAGAGAAUAUGAUGAAGAAAUUGUUCGAUGGGCAGAUGCUGUCAUAGCUGCAGGAGGUGAUGGCACGAUGCUUCUGGCGGCAAGUAAAGUCUUGGACAGACUUAAACCAGUUAUUGGAGUAAACACUGAUCCAGAACGGUCUGAGGGUCAUUUAUGUCUUCCUGUUCGAUAUACACAUUCCUUUCCAGAAGCCUUACAGAAGUUCUAUCGUGGUGAGUUCAGGUGGUUAUGGAGGCAACGAAUCAGAUUGUACCUUGAAGGGACUGGCAUAAACCCUGUUCCCGUGGACCUUCACGAACAGCAGCUGAGUUUGAAUCAACAUAGCAGAGCCUUCAACAUUGAAAGAGUUCAUGAUGAAAGACCUGAGGCUUCAGGACCCCAGCUUUUGCCAGUGAGGGCACUAAAUGAAGUCUUCAUUGGGGAGAGUCUAUCAUCCAGAAUGUCUUAUUCUUGGGCUGUAGCAGUGGAGAAUUUAAGAAGAAGUAUACCCACUCUAAAGGGACUGGCUUCCUACUAUGAGAUUUCAGUUGAUGAUGGUCCAUGGGAAAAACAGAAGAGUUCAGGGCUCAAUUUGUGUACUGGAACAGGAUCAAAGGCCUGGUCAUUCAAUAUUAACAGGGUUGCGACCCAGGCUGUGGAAGAUGUUUUAAAUAUUGCAAAACGACAAGGAAAUUUAAGUCUUCCAUUGAACAGAGAAUUGGUAGAGAAAGUAACAAAUGAAUAUAACGAAUCGCUGCUCUAUAGUCCAGAAGAACCAAAAAUACUUUUCAGUAUUCGAGAACCAAUAGCAAACAGAGUUUUCUCCAGCAGUCGUCAGCGCUGCUUCACGUCAAAGGUAUGUGUUCGAUCUCGUUGUUGGGAUGCCUGCAUGGUUGUGGAUGGAGGUACUUCUUUUGAGUUUAAUGAUGGAGCAAUUGCCUCGAUGAUGAUCAAUAAAGAAGAUGAGCUUCGAACUGUGAUUCUAGAGUAA